CACACACACGAGUCAAGAAGCUUUUAUUGUCAUUUCAACCUUAAAUAGCUGACGCAGUACAGUGAAAUGAAACAACUUUGCUCCAGGACCAUGGUGCUCCAUAGAACACAGAGAACACUAAGGACUGAAAGAAAGUUGUUACAGCCACAUCAAGUGCAACAUGUGCAAAUAGUGCAAGACAAAAGACAGUGCAGACAGACAAUGCAAAACUCGUUGAAUGUAAUGAACGUUACAAAACAUUGUGCAUGGGGGUGAGGGUGAAUGCUCCAGCGAUGCUCCUGAUUGGCCCGUGCUUUUUCGGCGGGAGUUUCUCCUGCCCUGUUUCACUCUCACUCCCUGCGGCGCUGGCCAUGAUGCUGAAGUCUCAGAGAUCGCGCUUAGCACUACUGGCCAAGGUGCUGAACCGUCGCCUUUUAAACUCUCUCUUUCUUCUUGGCUGCCGAUGAAGAGGGCAAAGAGCGGUUUUCCUCCAUGAAUUUGCUGCGGUGCACGUGCUGCCACCACAAUAUAUACACUAACAUUAGAGCCACAAUUUGGUGAGUUACUGAAAUUUGGUGUGCAAAGAAUGUGCAAAACAGCAAUUCAAAGAAUUGUGGUGUAAAUGUCCGUGAUAGAGGGAAGAGAGACUCCAAUAAUCUUCUCAGCUGUCUACACUAUCUUGCGAUCCGAGAUGGUGCGAUUUCCGAACCAGACAGUGAUGCAGCUGCUCAGGAUGCUGCUCAAUGAUCCCUCUGUAUAAUGCAGUCAGGAUUGAACUUGAUGAUGUGGUUCAAUCUGUGCAUUGCUAAACAGUCGUGAGUCAGCAGAGGGAACAGCUGUGGACUGAGGACACAGCCCUGAGGGGCACCAGUGCUCAGUGUGGUGGUGCUGGAGAUGCUGUUCCCGAUCUUGACUGACUGAGGUCUCUCAGUCGCAUAGUAAAAUAGUGAAAAACAUAGUAUACCACAGUGAAAACCUCGGCUAAUAACUAUAAUCGUCUUUACUUUUUUUUUUUACAGAUUUUUCUUCAAUCUUAAAACUGGCCCCAGCACUAAUGACAUCGCUUUUAAUUUGACACUUUAUCCCAAUAAUUAUUCUGAAUGCAGAACAGGCCAGAAUAGAAAUUGGACAAAUUCAGUAAAAUAUUUCGGGUGCCCUUUAUCCAGAGGAUCACACUUUGUUUUCUUCAUCGUCAUCACUCAAAAAGCCUACGAGGUGUAUUUAGAUGGCCGGAAGUAUUGCUCAUUCAAUCACCAUAUACCAGUGGACAAAAUUAGGAUGAUUCAUAUCAGUGGCUUUGUCAAUAUAAAUAGCGUGGGUUUUGUUUCGGUAAGUCAUGUUGUCAAAGUCUCCAGUUAUUUUGUAGUGGAUAGAUUUACACUGUACAGGGUUUUGGUACAGUGUAAGGUACAGUGCGUUUAAACAACUGUAAUAAAAAUAAAAAUAGACAUCUUAUGGAUAAUUUUGUUAAUGCAUAUUCUUUAUACUUUUCAUCUCUCCAGAACUGGAGUGCAUCUUCUUUUGGUAAAGAACAACAUUCUGGCAUCCCACAGUGGGAGCUUUCUAACAUCCAGUCAGAUAUCAAAUAUCCUCUCUGUAAACCUGUAAGUAAUAUGCACUUCAAAAUAAGUUCCCUUUCGGAACUUGAGCUGCAUCGAAACGCUAUGGGAACGCCCUCUGCGUGACCCAAGUCGCGUAAACAGGAAGCUACAAAUGGCUGCGAGAUGAACAAGACGCUAGCUUCUGCUCGUUCAGGUAAGCACUGUUUUUCUGAUACUGUGUUUCUGAUCGAGUGAUGGCUAGCAGACAGAAUUUCCAUAAGUGUGUUUUCACAUGAUCGGUGUGUUGUUUGCUUGGGAGUGGAGCAUGCACAAUCGGCUCUCGUGGGAGUCGAUUGCUCGCACUGUAGUCGCUUGGCUAUGUGCACGCUUCACUCUCGGAGAGCGCUCUUCGAGAAGAGCCAGCCUCGUCUGCUGAAUCGAGCUCCGGCUCUCGCGGAGAAGCAGGCCCGAUGGCUGCUUCUUCUCCCGGCGCGAGCAGUGCGGCAUUACAUAUCUCUCCCUCUGAGGAAGGAGAGCUGAUGGAUGCUAGCUAGCCCGUGGGCUCCUCACAGCUUGUGCUGUACGAGGAGCUCUUCGAGGUCAUGACACGAGCCGUAGCCAAGCUGGAUUUAGAUUGGCUGGUGGAGCAGCAAAAGCAGCGCACACCCAGUAAGCUGGAUGAGUGUUUCCUGCGCCCUGUGUCACUUCCUGGGCACCGGGGCCUGCCAUUAUCUCCCGAUCCGCACGCCGAGGUGUCCAGAUCCUGGGAAACCCCAUACUCGGCACGCGCUUCUCCUCGGUACCCCUCGCUCUAUGCGAAUGUCGUUGAGGCUAAGGUGUGCGGCUACGGGCGAUGCUGCGUGUGGACGAGACGCUGGCUAGCUAUCUCUCCCCUAGCGUAGCAUUAUCGCUAAAGGCUCCGGUGUUCCCUAAUAAGCCGCUACGUACUACGUCGGCCUUAGUGGGGAAGGCUUACGUGGCAGCAGGUCAGGCCACGGGCUGUCUCCACACCAUGGGUGUGUUGCAUGCAUACCAGGCUGACCUGCUAUGAGAUUUGGGUGAGGAACUUAGCUCCGGGCCCGCUGAUAUUGAGGAGAGUCUUCGGGCCACAAAACACACGGCGCGGGCCAUCGGUCGGUCCAUGGCGGCCCUGGUGGCCACUGAAAGGCAUCUGUGGCUCACCUUGUCCAACCUCCCAGACAAGGAUCGAGCUGUGCUGUUGGACGCACUGAUGGCUCUUCCUGGACUGUUUGGCAACGCUGUGACGGCAGUCGUGAACAAGUUCCAGGAGUCUAAAAAGCAGUCAGCUGCAUUUCAGCAGUACCUCCCUCUGCGAUCUCGUGGGGCUGUUUUUCGGUGGCAGCACCAGCCUGGUCCUUUCGGGCACCGCGAGGCCCAGAAACAGAGCAUGGCCACCCGAUCUCUGCAGGCGGGGCCUAAGGGCACAAGGCGACGCUCUGGGCUCAAGAAAGAGCAGUGGUGCGUAGACCCUGUCAGACUACGGUUGGGGGGAUGGGGCACACCUCAUGUUACAGUGCCCAUCUUUCCCCUGCACCACCGGGGCACUGGGCCAUUGGCUCUGCCACAAGAUGUGCUCCAGAGCACAGCCCCCCACCAGCGGGCACCUCCCUCCACUUCCGCCCAAAGUCUCGGUACGGAUGGGGGAGACAGUAUGUUGCUCCGGCUGUUCAGGUCAUGGAGGCCAGUCUGGCAGCCUUGCCACAGGAUGUGCCUCAGGGCACAGCUUCCCUCCAGCAGUUCGCUCCCCACCUUUCCACCCGAAGGUUCGUUGUGGAAGGGGAGGGUCCGCCGCCUCUCGCGAGGCGCCAUCAGCUGCAGGGCUCAGCCCCAGCUGCUCUGAGUGGGUCAGAGGCCAGCCCCGAGGGGCUGGUUCCCCUGAGGAACUUUCUGACAGCUUGGGAGGAGCUCUCCCUGUGGGUCCUGUGGAUCAUAGAGGACGGCUACAUGGUUCAGUUCGCGUCCUCUCCUCCCGUUUCAACGGGAUGUGUCCCACCCUGGUAGGACCCAAGCAGGCUCUGGUCCUGGAAUGGGAAGUGUGCACACUCCUGAGGAAAGGAACCAUUGAGGUGGUUCCCCCCUCGGUUCGAGAGUCAGGCCUCUACAGCCUGUACUUUGUCGUUCCAAAGAAGGAUGGCAGGUUGUGUCCCAUUCUGGAUCUACGCUCCUUGAACCACUCUCUCAAGAGGCUCAGGUUCAGGAUGCUCACCCUCAAGGAGGUUGUGACUCAGAUCAGGUCCUGGGACUGGUUCAUCACAUUAGAUAUGGAAGACGCAUACUUUCACAUUUCCAUCCUUCCUGCACACAGGAGGUUCCUGAUGUUUGCUUUCGGGGGCGAAGCUUACCAAUAUUGGUUCCUCCCGUUUGGCCUAACCUCAUUCAGGAGAGUGUGGGAAGGCCAGCCACUUACUGUGAAGCAGUUCCAGAUGCUGCUAGGGCUCAUGGCAGCGGCAUCCAGCGUAAUCAUGCUUGGCCUCCUGCACAUGAGACCUCUCCAGGGACCUGGCUCCGGGGAAGGGGGGUUUCUCUCAGGGGAAACCCAUAUCAUUCCAUCAAGGUCUCGCGGCCUUGGAUGUUUGGAAAGACCGAACUUUUCUGUCCCAAGUCCCCGUGUUGGGGGCUCCAUGUCGUUGCAUGGGCUGAGGCUAUGCCUGUACACCUUUCCCCCGGUUGCACUGCUCUCUGGAGUUCUGGAGAGAGUUCGCCGGGAUAGAGUCUGUCUCCUCCUGGUAGCACCUCGAUGGCCGGGCGGCUGGUCUCACUACCGAGGUAGUAGAGACCCUUCUCCACUCCAGAGCUGCCUCCACGAGGAGGUCGUACACCGCAUAAUGGUGACUGUUUACAUCGUGGUGUGAGCACCAUGGCCUGGAACCAGUUAACUGCCCGAUUGGCUCAAUUCUGGAGUUCUUACAGGAACAGUUUGCCACUGGGUUAACCCCCUCGACCCUGAAGGUUUACUGUCCGCAAUCGCGGCAUAUAGCACCCCGCCGGACGGGCAGUCGCUGGGUAGGCACCCAUUGUGACACGUUUCCUCCACGGCACCCGGAGGCUGAGGCCCAGGACGUGACCCAGAGUGCCUGUCUGGGAUCUGGCAGUUGUGCUGGCGGCUCUAUCGGAGCCCCCCUUCGAGCCAUUCACCGAAGUGGCCCUUAGGUUUCUGUCUAUUAAGACCACCUUCCUCUUAUAGAUUUCCUCCCUGAAGAGUAUCGGGGAUCUGCAGGCCCUGUCCGUGGCCCCGUCUCGCGUGGAGUUUGCCCCUGGCAUGGCCAGAGUGUUUCUCAAUCCGAAACCUGGGUACGUACCGAAGGUGCCUUCAGCCCCCUCACGACCUGUCAUGUUGCAGGCAUUCUGUCAUGUUUACAGCCCCCGAACAGGAACGACAGAACUGACUGUGUCCAGUGCGAGCAAUGGUCACUUACCUCCGCAGGACGAGUCCGUGGAGAAAGUCGGAGCAGCUCCUCGUCUGCUACGGCCCUAAAAGGAAGUGUUUCCUCGCAGCUAAGCAGACGUUGAGCAGAUGGGUAGUGGAUGUGAUUGUGUCGGCUCACGACUCCACUGGCCUCCCCGCACCGCUCGGGGUCCUCUGUCUUACGUGUGGGUGCCGAGGCCCUCACUCUCUAAGCAGGGUCUGGUCAGUGUGGCGUGAUUGGACACUCGUUCCCAUAGUGUUUCGACGCAGCUCAAGUUCCGAAAG